AUGGGCAUGUGCCCCAGUGUGAUGAGGAGGGUCGGUACCGGCCCCUGCCGUGCCACAGCAGCAGUACUGCUGGUGCGUGGACGCCGCGGGGCAGGAGAUCGCCGGCACGCGGACGGCGCCGGGCAGCACGCCGCCUCGCUGCGGAAGCCCAGGGAGAUCCAGGGCACGCGCUCGGAGCCUGGCACCACCCCGCCGUGUCUCCCCAGCGUCGCACCGCCCAGCGUCCGGCCCUCGCCCCGGCCCGACGUGUCCCCGCCGGCCACGGGGACCUUCCUGCUCUACGCUCAGGGACAGCAGAUCGGUUACCUCCCGCUCAACGGCACGCGGCUGCAGAAGGAGGCGGCGAAAACCCUGCUCUCCCUGCAUGGCUCCAUCGUGGUGGGGAUCGACUACGACUGCCGGGAGAAGACAAUCUAUUGGACCGAUGUGGCUGGCCGGACCAUAAGCCGGGCAAGUCUGGAGGCAGGCGCUGAGCCAGAGACCGUCAUCAACUCAGGGCUCAUCAGCCCCGAGGGGCUGGCGGUGGACCACCUGCGCAGAGCCAUGUUCUGGACCGACAGUGGCCUGGAUAAGAUCGAGCGAGCCCGGCUGGACGGCUCCGAGCGGCAGGGGGGCAACACGGAGCUCGUCAACCCCCGCGCCAUCGCGGUGGACCCCGUCCGAGGCAACCUUUACUGGACGGACUGGAACCGCGAAGCGCCGAAAAUCGAAACUUCCACCGUCAACGGAGCCAACAGGAGGGUCCUGGUGAACACGGACAUCGGCUUGCCCAACGGCCUGACGUUUGACCCCUUCUCCAAGCUGCUCUGUUGGGCAGACGCAGGAACGAAGCACCUGGAGUGCACGUUGCCCGACGGCACGGGCCGGCGCGUCAUACAGAACAACCUCAACUACCCCUUCAGCGUCGUUAGUUACGCCAACCACUUCUACCACACCGACUGGCGGCGGGACGGUGUGAUAGCCAUCAAUAAAGAAACCGGCUCCUUUACCGAUGAGUAUCUUCCAGAGCAGCGAUCACAUCUCUAUGGAAUAACUGCAGUUUAUCCCUACUGCCCUGGAGGUAAACCCCAAAAUGUCUACCCCCUCCUGAUUGUCUGA